CGAAACUAAACAAAAUCUUUCAUUUUUUUUGCUUAUAGCUUUUGAAGAGUACUUAUUAUGGCUGAAGAAAGCCCUCAUUUUAAUGGUCUCUUAAAUCGAGUUCGUGAGAAAUUAAGAUCGGAGAAUGUAAAGCUCUGGCUUGCACCAUACACCACAUCAAACGAUGAACCAGGGAAGUACCCUGAGGUAAGAUACUCCAUCAUAUUUUUCCUGAAAACUUGUCAAACGGUAAUGUAAUAUUUACAGGAUACAAUUUUGGUCAUCAUUUAACAUUAUUAAUUGCGGGAUAAAAUGAAAUUUAAUUUUUGUGAAGACAAAUGAUCAAUCUCGAGGUCAAGAUUGCUGGAUAUUUUGGGAAGUUCGCUUUGGUCAACUUUUUGCUUACAAGGAAAGAAUUUGUAAAGUGAUGAUAUGAUGGGUAGUACCAAGUGGAACCCGAUGAUAUGGGAUCUCAGCUGAAUGCUCAGACACCUGAACGAUCUCCAGACAUUAGCAUCUGCUUUACUCAUACCUUGUACAGGGCUGUUAUUAAGACGCGGGAGACAGGGAUUUCCUUCGGCUACGUUCAUGGGAAAGAAGAAGAAAAAUACAGUCAAACCUCUCCUUACGGACACCUCUAUAAUACCGAUAUCUCUCUAUUAUGGCCCGUUUCAUUGGUCCCAGAAAUGCCAAAAAUCAGACAUUCCCUACCUCUAAAAUACGGACACCUCUGUAAAGCGGACAAUAUUGGUUCUGUCCCUUUGGUGUCCGUAUUAAAGAGGUUGGACUGUAGAACCGAAACUGAAAAGAAAUCCCUAGCUGUUUGAUUACCCGCCUACUUGUUGUAUUUACCGGGCAACUUGAAAUCUUAGUGACAACCCUGCUGGCACAUUUAUACUUGACAGGAAAUGAUUAAUCGCUACUCAGCAGCUUUAGAAGCUUUACCUGAAGAAAUCAAAGAUGCAUUGGAGGAGCUGAGAGUGCACGCUCUCACAAAAUUGCAGACAGGACAAAGAUUUGCCAAGUCAGGAAUUGCAACUAUCAAAGUUCAUCUAACUGGCAGAAUUCCCCUAGGACUAGAUAGCAGGUUACAGAUUCAGAUUGGUUUACAUGUGAGUGGAGCCAAUUUCAAGAAAAGGUAACAUUCUAAUUGAUAAUAAAUUAAUAUGAGGAAGACAACUUCCUAAGCUGAAAUUUAACAUUGAAUACUAUUAUAAUUAUUUAAAUUUUACCAGUAACUAAUGUUGUUGUUCUGUUCAGGUUAAAUGCAGUGUCUGGUUUAGAUCCUGAUAAAAUGAAACUCAUUUGCAAAGGACAUGUUAUUGAUGAUGGUAAGUGUUGGUUCAGUUUUGUUAAAUAUGCCACUUCCUUUACCCAGAAGAUAACUGUUAUUGAGUCAUCCACUGCGCCUAGAGCAAUAAUAAUUUUUCUAUCUGCAAUAACUUUUAAUAAUUAUUAUUAAAAGUUAUUGCAGAUACACAAAUUUAGUGCUUACGUUUGAGCCUGCGGAUGAAAUCCUGGAGCAUGACUGCUGGCCACUGCCUGUCAAUCAUUCAUAAAACAGCAUAAAAAGUCAACAAGGAUACAGAAAAUAAUGCCUUGCUGACUCUUUUUUCUUAUGGACACCCCAAUAAUAUGAACAGAAGCUAACUCCCUGGCAACUGAUUUCCAGAGUAAACAUAUUUUAAGAUUUAAAUAAUGGAACAUUUAUUUAAUUGGGAUCUUUGUCAUUCAAUCACCUUUCUAUUAUCAGACAAAUCCCUGGAGAGCCAAAAUGUGAAGAACAAUGGGCAGAUAAUGGUGCUUAUACUUUCGCAGUCCAUUGCUGAGUCUGAACUUCAACAAAAGAAAGAGGAAGAAACUAAAGCUAGUGUAUCACGGACAAGGCAAGCAGCUGAGGCUUUGUCAAGUAGGAAAGACAGUGAGUGGCUUUCAUUUGUUGUGUUUAUUUACGCUUCGAUUAGGCAUCGUAUUUCAUGAAGUGGUUGUGAUUUGUGGUUGAAUUCUUAAGCUUGUGGAAUACUAGCUUUCUAACUGAACCCAGAUAUAUCAUGAUCUUUCAAAAAGAAGUGGGUCUCACAGAAUUCAAUAAUCAAGCUUCAAAUGACUGGCAGAGGACACAUAUUACUAUAACUCAUAUUUGCAUGACUGCAACCAACCCAGCCUGCCUGGGUGGUAUUAGGAGAGAAGGGAAGGUGGGGUACGGAAGGAGUGCUAAAAGUAUAGAGCUUAUUGAAAUAAAAUUUUUUUUUCUUGCACUUUGAUACCUCAAGAAUAUUGUCUCAUUAACACACUUAUUUUUUUAACUUACUGUAUUUAAAUUUAUCAUUUUUCAUAACAUCAGACGUUAGAGAUGACCGCUUUUUCCUUGAGAUAAAUGACCAAGAAGGCAAACCAAUACAACUUCCAGAUCAUGAAAGAAAGGUUAGUUGUUGUGGUUUGAAUUGUUUAAUAUAACUACCAAGCUCUCUGCUUGGUGUACUCAUGGAUAACCUUGAAUCUAUGAAUAGAUGAAGUCACAGGACUUUGCAAUGUUUGGAAGGAGUGAUCAAUAUCUAUUAUCAUGGGGAGCAAGGGAUGGCACAGUGGUGAGAGCGCUUGCCUCCCACCAAUGUAGCCCAGUUCAAAACCCGGCAUUGACACCAUAUGUGGGUUGAGUUUGUUGUUGGUUCUCUCCCAUACUCCGAGAGGCUUCCCCUCUCCUCAAAAAGCAACAUUUUCAAAUUCCAAUUCGACCAGGAAUCAGGUAGACGAAGAGCCACUUUGUGGAUGUGCUACCUCCAAAUCAUUAUUUAUUUAUUUAUGUGGUAUGGCAUGUAUAGAAUAUGAUUUGGUGGGAACCAAGAAUUCUAUUAUAAAAUUUUGAGUUUUCUGAUUUUUGCAGGCUUUAACACUGGCACUUACCUUACAUGAAAAAGGACGGAGUGAACUCAAGAAAAGAAAUUACGCUGAAGCUCUUUUAUUGCUUCUGGAGGCAGAGAAAGAAUUCAGGUACAGUCAAACUUUCCUUGCGACCACUCUUGUGAGCAAAACACCUUUGUGAAAUCCUGUUUAAACUGUGACUUAAACUUUGUCAUGAAAAGCUCUCAUAAGCGAUUGCUCCCCUAAGCAACUGCGACCACUUUUGGGAUUACCCAACUGGACUUUUCCUUUGUUUUUAAGCUCUCGUAAGCCACCACUAAGAGUAUUUUUCUUAGAAAUCAACACUUUAAUGAAACUCCACACUGUGCGAAUUAUGGGCUAAAAAACUGGAUGUAAAGUUUAGCCAUGUCUAUAUAAGACAUAAAGACACCCAUUCAUUAAACAUUAAUUUAUUGCUUUUGUUUUUCUUUAUGAAUUGUUAAUGCAUUUCUGAAGCUCUUGUAAGUGAACACCCUCUGUUGUUUCAUCAGCUCUGGUAAUGACCAUUUUUUUGAAUUUCCAAGGUUGUCGCUUAUGAGAACUUUAACUGUAUUUAAGGUCAAGGGUCAAGGGAAAAGGGUUCGAAUCCCGUACAUGUCUGAAUUUUUUUCAGGCUUUUUCGUAACUGCAAAAGUUGCAUAUAUAACUGCAAUGAUCAUCCUUCAUUUAAUGAUAUUGUAUUUAAGUGUUGUACUAUAUUUCAAGUGAUACACUGCAGAGCUACGUUAUAGGAGCGGAAAGUCUCAAAGGCUUAUACACGGCGUGCCUGGGAAAUUGGUGGGAACUACUGUACAUGUAGCAAAAAAAUAAUGCCUGUUAUUUAUUUAUUUAUUUACUUGCUUUCUUCUUCACAGUCAUUGCAAAGCUCAGAUUCUUGCUGCUGUGGAUAAUUAUGGAAUUCUGUGCUUAGACAUUGUUUGGUGUUACUUCUGGCUGAAAAGCAUUGUAGAUUUGCCCAAUGCAGGUUUGUUUUCUUGGCUUUGCUAUUCAGUAAUAAUAUUAUACAGAUAGUUAUUCUAGGCUCAUACCCGACUGUUUUAUUUUAACUUUAUAGUACCUGACAGUUUCUUUAAAGGUUUUUAUUGGCUAUCUUUCCUUUAUUUUUUUAAGUCUAUGGGAUUUCUUUAAUCAUUUUCCCCUUCUCUUACAGAGGAAAAAUUACAAAAGUGCAAAGAGUGUUUUCAAAGAAGCUAUGGACAAAAUCUUGAAAGGUUGACCUUUGUAAGGGUAUGUAAGAUGCAAUCAUUUGUCAGUACAGUUCUGUAGCAGGUGGCCUCCAUAAUGAAGCAUUAGUAAGUCCCAUUUUCACAAAUUUUCGUUGAUACAAAACUGUAUUGAGUAAUGUCCACCGCUUGAUACAAGUUUUACUGGUCUCCCCAUGUGAUCUCUGUGUAACUGGUACAAUUGUAGGGCAUGCUCCUGCAUUCAUUAUAAAGUAUAGUUACAUUGACAGUAAACGGCUUGACAAGCCUUUGAUAUCGCAAGAUUUUGACCACUGAUAAUGAAUUUUGCUUCGUCAGCUUAAAAAUCCCUCGAUAUGGUUAUUUGCUUAAAAAUGUUAUGAUUUCUCUCAGGGCGGUAGAGGUGGAGAGCUGGCCCUAUUUGUACGGCUGCAUAUCCUUGAGGCCGUAUGCGCAUAUCACAAGGGAGAUAUCACCACUGCUGUGACAUGCCUAGAUAAGGUACAAUAAAAUUCUUGAUAGGAAGGGGAAGGUUUGGGAUCGAUCUAUGUACUCACUUUAAACUUGAGCUGUGAUCUGACCUUAUUUUUCUGUUAUUUUGCUGUUGUCUUUUUAUGCCAACUGGGAAGUCCCGCUUCUUGAUCUGGUCUGCGUCGACUGUAAACGUCAAUUACAAAAUGAAUUCGCGUUCUUCCAAACUUCUUGGCAAUUAUUCCAACUCGCUCAGUAUGUAGGUGAAUUUGCCCCUCAUUCUCUUGUGUUCUAACUAAAUGAUAACGUUAUAUACGUUUGAAAUCCAUCGUAGGCUGAACGUAUGCAAGGAAAACUGCAUAUUGACAAACAUCAACUGACGCAGUGUAAGUUUUGUAACAUGUUUAUUAAUGCUACAUAAUCAACAGUUAAGGCUACGGUAUAUUCGCACUAUACCAGAAUGAUCUCGCGCGGACUCGAAGACCAUAGCGGAUAUAGCUUCUGUUCUCAUGUAAGAAAGUUGAUUUCGACGCAAUUUCUAUAACAGAGUGAAGAUGGUCUGCGCCGAUCUUAAAAGUGGAUCGCCACAUACCGGAUAGUUUUCUACCACCAUUCGUCCAAAUGUGAGCAGGCAUUCGCAGCGUAGCGGAAGUAAAUGAGGAAGCCCGCUGAAUUGUCAACAUGUCGUUCUCUCCCUCAGAAUCACUUUUAGACUCGACCCAACUCUCUGCCAGUUUCAACGUCCAAGAUAGCGGGAGAGCAUUAGAAGAAAAGUAUCAUCGCUCGCGCUGCAAUUCUAUAUUACUCACAUCUUUUUGUCUUUGUAGUGAUGUUGAUGGGAUUCACAGAGACAGAAGCUAGGCUUGCAUUAAGAGCAUGUCACGGGGAUUCCACCUUAGCAGUUGAUUACAUUACACAACGAAGACAGGUAAAGAAUGCUUUUCUUUUGGCUCGCCACGCAAUCCUACCCUACGAGAAGGAACGCGUGUUGAAAGCCUAAGAAUGUUCCGUGGGAGACUAUUAGACAGCGUGCAGACGUCGUCUUUUCUUGCACGCGGAAAUAGCAGACAUCUUCACGCAGGAUGGGGUUUAUGCGUUGAGUUGCCGCAAACUUUGUCUGAGAUCUUUGAUUUUGAUGCAACAUACAGUACUUGACUUGUCCGAGCCUUGUCUUCAGAGUUGUCUUCCAUGCAUGGUCGGGAAUAGGGAGCUUAAGCAACGACGACGGCGACGUCAUUGAGAACGUCAAAGAAGCAAUAGGUUUAGAUUGGCGAAACAACAACUCCGCACGUGCAUCACGCUUUUUAUACAUUUUUUUGCCGUCACUGCACGACUACGACGUGAAAAUACUUUUAAAAUUUCACGUUUUGUGGAGGACGUGAACCCAAGACGACGACUUUUCGUUUCCUGAACUUCGUUACAGUCUCUAAGAAUUCAACUCCACAAAAAUUUGCCAACAUUUCACGAAUUGAGCGAGAUGGAAUACGCGCGAUAAAGUUGAAGCAGCUUCAUUUUUAAGUGACGUUUUCGUAGCGUCGCCGUGGGCUUCUUUCUGGUCCGUUUGACUGCGUACUCGUUUUUAUGGGCACGUAAAUAAUUUGACAAGUUAAAUAAGUCAGCUAAAACGUAAGCUUAAUGUAUACUUACACAAGCAGUUGUACGCACCUGUCACUUGAGAUGACUGGAAAGUGCCUUUUCAUGGCAAAUGAGAAAAAGUUUCUUUUCUUCAAUGCUUAACGAAGUAUUACUUUUUCCUCAUGUUGGCGUGGCCAUUAGAAAAAGGCAGAACACCAAAUAAAAGAGCGUAGAGAAACACACACACAAUGGGAAGAAACCAAAAAAAGUUGUCUGAAACAGCCAGGAAAAGUAGCUGACCGCCCGAAAAUUUUCCCGCCAAAAACUACACAGGUCAAUCAUCAAUUGUAGGCAAUGGGGCUGCAACAAGCUGCAACGGGUUGACACUCGGUUGACACGGGUUUCUUAUUUUAAAAAUUACGCAUGCGUAAUAUGGGUUCAUAUUAAGACGGGGCCAUAAGACGGAAAAAUGACGCAAGAGGCGCAAGGUUCUUCCAACAUCACUCCCAGGGUUCUCUCUUUUCCUCUUAUUCGUCUUUUACAAAGGUCUGACGUAACAGGGUUCUCUGCGAGGUUUCACUGAUAUCUUAUUCACAACAGGAGAAAAAAGAAAGAGAAGAUAAGGAGAAGAAAGACAGAAAGCGAAAAAAACUUGAAAGAGAAUUAGGAAAAACAGCAACAGGAGAUUGGUGAGAAUUACAUAUUGAUCCUGAAUGCAUAAGAUAACAUAUUAACACAUGUGAGGAGUUUUAAAUCCUCGCUGUGAUCGCAUCAACUUAUGCGGUAGUUGAAUAGAAAUCCUGAAUAAAUCAGGCUUUGAAGGGAUCCAUCCGUGACAGAUGUGAAGUAGGCUAAAAAAUAUUGCGAGAUGUACAUGUAUGUGUCUGGUGGAUACUGAACUUGUUUAGAUUUAUCAUCAUCAUCAUCAUCAUCAUCAUCAUCAUCAUUAUCAUAAUCAUCAUCGUCUUUUAUUUGCACCUUAUUGUAGGGCUGAGAUGAGAUCAAUAACUGCUCGUGUUUUCCAGUGCCUUAAUUAUGUCCUUGACUACUUGUACUAAUAUUUUUUAUUAUUAAAAACUGAAUCAUUGGAUAAUGCAAUUUUAUAGCUCUGAUUGGCUUAGCCAUCAUGGUAUACGCGGCUACGCGACUCGUUGGCUAUCUAUCAUCUCAUAUCCAACGCACACUCGUGGAAUAAUUGUUAAUAAUAACAUAGAUUCUCACUGACACAGACUCGCAGCUUUCUUUACAGAAGACCCCUGCUUGGUUUGAUUUAAUUUUUUUGUUUGUUAAAAUCAAGGGUAAACGUGGAUACGUACAAAGCUCUUGUAGAGAUGGGUUUCUCCGAAGUAAGGGCUUCUUCAGCCUUGCGACAGGCAAAUAAUGAUGUUAAUAACGCACUACAGGUAAGAAAAUACGUUAGAUCCUUGACUCAGCUCUGAUCUUAAAUUCAUCUUGGCCUUAUCACCUCCAUUUUCUCUUAUCAAGUUAAACUGAACGUAAAUGAAACCAUAGGUUUGUCUGAAAAGAGCAGGGGACGUAGACCUCGGUGGCGUGGUCUAUCUUUCCUCUGAAGAGCGGACGGCUACUUGAUCGCAGUAAUUGAUGUAAGGUGUUUUCGCCAUGUGUCUUGCAGCCAAUAAAACCAAAUCAUUUUUACAAGACUGCUGAAAGUCCUCAGUCACAAAAUGCUUUCCUCAUUUUUCUCCCUUAGUUUCAUCUUUGAAACUCAAAGGGCGAAAUGAAACGGCUGGUGAACAGAUCAAUUGUAGGAGCGGGUAGAGGGAAGCAACUGAUGUACUCGUUUUAAGACGUAAUAUGCCGUUUGGUUACGUAUAAUUACGUCAUAAGUCGAAAUAUUGGCAAUUAAUAUCAAACCUUUAUCGACAGGUUCUUCAGGAUCAUCCAGAAAUGCUAGAUAUUCAAGACAACAACAGGUAGGAAAAUUGUCAUAUUCAGAGCAACUAUCAUGGUCGCCAAUCUUGGACGCAUCACGUCGCACUACAGCCUGGUAGCACAUACGUGACACUUUCCUGGGCCUUUACACACAAUCUGCAUUUCUCAGUCCUUGUAUUAUUAUUAUUAUUAUUAUUAUUAUUAUUAUUAUUAUUAUUAUUUUCGAUAUCAUUAUCAUUUUCGUAUUCGUUAUCACCGUUAUCAUAUUUUUCGCUGUCAUUAUCGUCAUAAUUAUUAUCAUCACCGUUGUAAUUAUCAAAUAUCUUUGUUAUCAUUGUCAUUAUCAUUCUACAGGCUAUAGUCACGUAACGUAACGUGUCUUCUUCUUUUAAGGCUGGCCGCAUCAUCUUUCGACGAUGUGCAGUUUCCAGACGAACAUGUUGCUCAAGUAAGUCAUACUUUAAAAAGAGCUCGUAAUUUUAAACAGCCGUACCUUUUUCGAGGUUUAGGACAACCACCUCUCUCUAGUAAAUACUUGACUGGGACAUGUCCAGUCUGGCAAGCUGCGAUGAUCGAAAUUUGAUCGAGUUUAUCUUGUUUUCGUAGGCUGUGUCCAUGGGGUUUGAAGUGGAUUCUGUUAAGGAAGCCCUGAGGCGUUGCCAAGGUGAUAUUUCCAAGGCUAUUAAUAUGCUGGCGUCAAACUGUGGAAAGCUUCCUCCGAUAUCCCAUUCUAGAAAAGGUAAGAGAAAGAUAAUUAUAGUAUAAGCCAGUUAAUUAGAGUGUCCAGGUACUUACAUUUUUCAAGUUCUCGACUGUCAUGGAGAAAAAUUGCCGUCAUUAAGGUAACAGUUUUUUCUUGAAAAGUAUCAAAUGUUUCUAGUCUUCUAUCCUUCUUUUUGUUUCUUUUCCAAGAAAUUCUCCUUUCAUAAAAUUUUCGCCCGCGGACGGGCUGUCUUGCGAUCUAGAGACAGAAAGGGCGAACACUUAACGCAAAAGCGAAGUACAGCAUAAUUAACAGUACCACAGGAAAGUACUGCGCACUAGCUUUCAUUUCAAUAGUCAUACUAUAUGGUUUCAUACGCAGCCUCAAAAGUCAGAACCACCUUGUACAGCAUAACUGUGAACAGUACCACAGGAAAGCAAUAGCUUUCAUUUGAAUGGGCAAACCAUCUGAUUUCAUCUCCAUAUGAUUUGAUUUUGUUUGAAAAGUUAGAAUUACAGUCCAUUAUGAACAGUUGUGGCUACAUCUACAUUUUUUUUCUUGUUUUAGAUGAAUCACCCAAAAGCGGCAGUGAAGAAGACGAAGAAGACCCGGAUAUAACAGAAGCCGUGAAUGAACUCGUGCCAGAUCUCGCAACAGAGGAUGAAGAAGCUUAUUUGAAUUUAUCUCUAGAAGAGGAAACCUCUAUCAUCUCCGAAUACAGAACUCUUCUUUUGUCAGCUGGCCACAAUGCUAGCUCUAAUGUCGUGACGUCCUAACGUUGUCAAAUCUAUAGUCAGCGAAAAAAUUGAGACAAAGCCUCAAGCCACUUUUGUUUCAUAGUAGCCUGCGUAUUAGCUGGCGUUAAAAGCCGGGGGAGGGGCAAUUCGGGCGCUCGAGGAGGGGAAAAUAGUACCCCCUUUCCCCCUGAUUUCCCCUCCCCCUUCCCUUUUCAACGCCUGUCACGCGAGUUAGUUUUGUAGUAACAAAAAUACAUCAGAACGUCUUACCUAGACUACCAGUAGUCCCCCAUUUUUCCUCAGGGACAGUAGAGCGAGCGAAACGCGAGCGCGCUGAGGAAAAAUGGGGGACUACUCGUAGUCUACUUCUUACCUGUCUCCGUGUUAUUUAUGGUGUUUUCUUUUUGUCACCCAACAAUGUUUCUCACUCGUGAGCUUGGGGUACCUGUAAGAUCUAAAUGCGAAACUGACUGACAGUUAUUUACCCAGCGGGAUAUUCAGGAGUUAAAGCAGCGAUGAUUUUGAUCGACGCACGUCGACC